AUGGGAAGAGAAGCAAUGCAGACAGCUAAAGUAGCACUUGUAUUAUGCUCGUGUUUCUUUUCAUAUGGUACAUAUUGGUCAGACUGGGCAUUCGACUAUUACUUAUUGUGGGCGAAUCCACUUGACCACCCAGAAGCUAUUAGUCGAGCAGCAUUUUAUUAUGCAAAUCAAGCACAUAUUCCUUCAAUCUUAAAAUAUGUGCCAAUCGCAAAUUUAUGCAUUGCAACUGCUGGAUUUGUCAUAGGCCUUUUCACAAUGACCGACGGUAAUUUAUUAUUUGAUGGUGCAUCAUUAGUUUUAAUGUUUUUUGGAUUAUCAACCUAUGUGACAUCUGUAAGACCAGCUAUUGCUACGGUGAAUGAGUCGUCAGAUUUGAAUGAUAUAACGACAUCAUUAAAAAAUAUUGCUGCAGCUCAUUUUAUCAUUGUCUUAUCCAUCACCGGCAUCAUUGGCUUGCAAAUAGCACAUUAUCUAAUCAUGAAGAAAACAUCAAAAGAUGAUGAAGAUUCUGAUGAGGAUGAGGAUGAACAGGAGGAAGAAGACAAAAAAAAUAUGUGAACUAGUUAAAUUAAAAUAUCAGUAAUAAUUUUAUGUAAUCAGUAAAAAAUAAAUGUAAUCCUUAAUGAAUAAGACCUUACUUCUUUUUUCAUUGUAUGCACUUCAAGUUGUGUGUUUGGAGUAUGGCAUAUGAAAUAAAAUAUCAAAUAAUGCCUUCUUUAGAUAUUUGUAAAC